UUUCAUCAUUUUAAACAUUCUUAGCCGUACGUGAUAUUGGGUUUUUUCCUGCUUUCUUCACUCAAAAAUUGCUGAGUGAGCAGCUACGAACCAAAUAAGAAAUAAAUUAUUUCAAAAUUAACGACUAAUGGAUAAUUAUAGCACAAGAUUCGACGAGAAGAAUAGGGCAAUUUCAAUAUUCCACUUUCAAAUUAUGAAAUUAUCAGUAAUUAUAAAUGAAAUUUCAUCAAAUCCUGUUGGAUGUUUUCAGUAUAUGUUUUACUGAGAUGCUCUACAUUUCUUUGUUAUUCUCAUUGACAAUAGAAAUGUAAUAAUUAUCGUAUAUUUUUUUAAUGAUUGCUUUGUAUUAUGCUGUCAUAUGUCAUCCAAUCGACUGCUUGGAUGUAUUUGUGUGUGUGAUAUACGGUGCACGUGCGUAUGUGUACUUACAUAGACGCGUGAGACUUCUAUCAUACGUGAAAUUUAUACGAAUUCCGCAUAGCAAUGCGUCACCGUAUCUAAAUGGCCAUUUGUACGCAAUUGAUGCGGAUGGAUUUUUGCCGUUGACAAGUUUUGAUUUUUUCCUUUGACAAUGUUUGUUUCUCAAAACCAAUUUUCCCAUAAUUUGUUUAAAUUAAACAAAAUACCGGAAUACUUUUUGUGAAAAAUAUUUGGUAUAUUUGAUUGCUGUGUGCUAUUUGUUGCUUAAUUUAUGGUUCACUCCAUGAAAUAGUAAUAAAUUAAUUUAGUCUAUGUUUACGCGCAUUAAAAACAACAAACCAAGGAAAAUCAAAAGCAAUAAUACUUAUGUAAUUCGACUUUAAAUAAAAACACACUAUAGAAAAUUACUGGUCAUUGUUUUAUUGCUGGAGCAACUGUUUGAUUCGAUAUGAAGGAUUGGAGCUGAAACUAAGGAUUUUUUUUCGAAGCAUUUUACGCAGGAUUUGCUUCGAAUCAUCCAAAUUAGGUUCCUCUCAGGAUUCAACAGUCUAUUGAAAACAAUGUUGAAUUCAAAUAUGCCCGUGAAUCUCUACAAAAUAGAUUUUAUCCAAAUCUGAUUCAUUAUCACAAUCAAAUUAACAUGAUUUUUGUUAGAUAUAAAACCUAAGAUCUCCGUAAACGGAAAAAAUAAAACGAAAACAUUUUAAUCAGAAAGAUACAAAAUGUUUGUCGAAAUCGUAUAUGUUCAUUGUUUGGAAUAGUGAGUUUCCCUCAUUAAAAGUUGGAACGUGACAUGCGCGAAUGCGGGCGAUAUACAUAAAGACAAGUUGAUAUGGGUGUGAGUGUGUUGUUCAAAUGUAAACAUGCUGUGUUUGGAAUUGUUCAGUUUAUUACAAUAAAAGAAAUGAAGAAAUAUUUCAAGAUUAUUAUCGAAGUAGUGAGAAAAUUAGUACCCAAAUUCCAUUUUUGGAUUUUCUUUGGAUCAUGUGUGACAUGUGGCAUAUUGGCGUAUCAUGAAUUAAUGCAAAAACACACGGCUGAUCAGAGUUCAUUCCCCGGUUGGACGGCUUUUGGGCUACUCGCAGUUAUCUUCUCAUAUUUCGACUGUGGAUCCAUACUGAUUGUUUGCCAAUUUGUGCUGUGCGAAUUAUGGACCAUUUUAGGUUUGAUUACUCUAUGGACAGAGUCAUCGUUCCACGAUCCAGACAUUUGGAGCAUUUUAGUCGCUAUGAUGUUUAUUGUUCUACUACUUUUCUAUAUGAUUAUGAUUACCGUACGUCACUUGAUGUUUAUGAACCAUAUAAUUUGCAAGACACAUGAAAAUUUGCUGAAGUCCACAAACUUAUCAAGAUCCAUAAUGUUGAUCAUUUGUCUACUAACGCUAAGUGGCGAAGUACUCGUCCAAAUUGGUUCAGUCGAUUUUCGGCAAUUCGCGAUACUACAUUUGAUUGUUAUUGUAAUAGGCAUCGUUAAUGCAAAUCUAUCAACAGAGUUGCCAAAACCAUAUUGGAUUAAUGCCACAUUAAAUACAUUAUUUAUGAAAUCAAACCCGUUGCGGUAUUUUCCUCUCGUCCUCUUGUGCAUUGCCUCUUACGUAAGAGAUCUCAUAAUUGGAAUGUAUUUAGUGUCAACGUUUGAUUUGGAUUUGGAGCAGCUGCAUAGACGUCGAAUCAUUUUCCGAGUUAAUGGCAAUGGAACUGGAAGUAUUGGCUCAUGUUUCAUCAUUUUGAAUAUUCUGUGCCUUCGAGACUACAUCAUGCAUCUUAAAAUGAAACGAAUUUAUAACAAAGCAUUAGCUCCAAAACCAAAACCAAAACCAAAAGUUAAAGCUGGGGAGAUUUAUCAUCCAAAAAUUCGUUGAAUUCGGCCGGCCUUCGUGUUUAUUCAAAACAUGCCUUUGGCAGCUAAACCAAUUGGUCAGCAACUACGAGCCAAAUAAGAAUUAAAGUAAUUCACAAUUAAUGGCUCCUGGAUACUGAUAGUACAAAUUUUGACGAGGAGAAAAUGCAAUUUCAAUGCCCCUCUUUCAGUUUGAAAUUAUUUGGAAUUUCAUGUACUGAAAUGUAAUUGAAAAAUAAUUUUUCUACAUAAAUAAUAAAGAAAUCAACAAACCAUGUUCUUCAUAAUAUUUAGUAUUUAUUUUACUUCAGAUGUUCUUCAUUCUUUUACAAAUAAAAAUGGUAUUAACUGACAUUUUUUCGUAUAAAUAGACUUGUGGUCAAUAAAAGUUUGAAAUUGAAAAUGGCAUAAAGAACGACUGUCACCGUUUGCAAUGUUGAAUUGUGUUGUUGAUAGUUAUGUUGGGAUAUGCGCAGAAGCAGCGUUUCAAAC